AUGGAUUUGAUCGAAUUGCUGGAGUCUGUGGGUUACAAGUUUGACUCGUCGGAGAUUCCUGCGGUCAAGACGGGCAUCAAGGCUGGAAAGACAGGGCAGGAAAUUUUGGAGGAGUAUCAGCCUUACAAGCAGCUAUUGGCUGAUAUUGUCGCAGCAGCUGUGCCAGGGGUUGCGCUGCAAGACGGCGAUGAGGAUUCAACUGCUCAGUCCUCACAGGGAGCAGCAGCUGUCGCUUCAUCGACAAAGACUGAGCAACUGCAUCAGUGCACCACAAUGCAUGAAGAAGGCAUUGCUCUGGGCUCGGUGUCAGAUGGCUGGCUUGCCAUGGCUGACCGCAUCAUUGCCAAGAACGUGGUGUUGGUUGUUGAGAAAGGGCUUACGCAGACCCAGCUUCAGAAUGCCAUGAGCAAAUACGCAAUCUCAAAGAUCCGCGGCCAGAACGGAAACAACGUGGUUAUCUACUUCGAUUCCAACAACUUUGGAGAAGCAAUCACAGCGCCGCACAUCAGACGGCCGCCUCUGCAGAGCACAGUGGUAGCGAAGAUGUGGAAGGCCCUCAAAGCAAUCCGCGAGGACCCUGGCAGCCCAGGGCUAUUGCCGCCUGGUGACAUCUUGGUGCUGCUUGACGGCUGCCGGAAGACGGACGUGACAGUCGUGAACUUGUUCGGCAUGGGCAAGGACCGUCGCACAGCCGACCGUGGGCGCAAAGAGCGCGACGGAAAGACUCUCUCUCGGCAGAUCACUGUGGCGUUCGACGAGAAGUCCGUGGUUGGCCGCAAGUUCCGAAAGAAGCACAAGAAUGAUUUCUUGAGUUGCUCUCAGAGGGCGCUGCUUUUCUGGAAUGGCAGCACUACCAGCGCCUCGGCUGUUGUGGCGACAUUGCGUUUUGCUGCUUCGGCGCAGCGCAUCCCAGCCAAGACGCACAAGUUCUUCCCCGAAGCCACGAACAUGUCGGACGUGCUGGGGCCAUUUUCCCUGGAAGCGUAUCAGAACCUCCCCAAGCUUCGCAUGAAGGACAAGAAGGAGUUCUGGGGAUUGAGGCGCCGAGCAGUGGGCGGACGCACUGAAGGUGCCAAUGAGGAUAGCGAUGAUGAUGACAACGAGCCGGAUGAAGAGGAGGAUCAGGAGGUGGUGCCUAUGCUGGAGCUGCCCAAGGUCGGUGGAGGCCGAGGAAGCACGGGCAUGCCUGACGACAUUGUGCAGUGUGUUAAUUUCCAGCAGCUACCCAGCGCUGUGGGCGAGAGCUUCCUGCACUCCCUGAGUGCGAUUUCUUGCUGCGAUCUAGCGCCUGGCACUGGCGAGUUGGCGUGCAGCGCGGUGCUGGAGCAGGUCGGGUACUUGGGCAUCUGCCAGACAGAGUAUCAGCGCGAGUUCAUCCUCACCCGGUUGAAGAAGGAGGUUUUGCGUUCCAUGGAGGAGCCAAGUUCGAAGGUGUACUGCGCUGCCUACGCCAAAGAGGUUCAGGAGGAGAGAGGUGAGAAGCGCGAAGCUGGCCAGGAUUUGCCAAAUGCCCCGCCCAAGGCCAAGGCAAAGGUGGUGCCUCCUAAGAAGGACAAGGAGGAGAAGGCUGAGGGCACGGCGGCGGCGAAAGCCAAAGCCAAGUCCAAGAGUGAAGCGAAGGUCAAGGCUAAGCCUCCGCCGCUGCAGUUGUCUGAGAAGUUGCAAGCCCUGCUGAAAGUUGCAAAGGGGCAGGAUCCUGCUGAGUAG